AUGGCCGUCAGUCGCUUAGAGUGGAUUAAUAGGAUAAAAGUGAUCAUUUUUAUUGGAUUACGGAUUGCUGUUCAUAUAAUUAUAAAGUAUACUACCGAGGCCCGUACUGCAAAUACAAGGUGUAUCGAUGAGACGGCGCUAGCUCUCGUCGUAGAGGAGCGUCUCGACACGCUGCGUGGUCAACUAACUUCUAAAAAUUUAAUGGAAACUUCAUUUGAUAAUUGGCCCGUUUAUGAUUUGGAACUAACAAAUGACUCGCGACUAUUUAUAGAAGUAUCGCUUGAUUAG